AUGUCUGUACCUUCACCAGUUUGGGAAGAAUCGAUAAACAAAAACAAAAACAAAAAUGAGAAUGCAAAUAAAAGUAACAACUCUAAUUCAGCUGCUUUGAAUGAUUAUUUAGCAGAAAAUGCCUCAAAUAAAAUAAAUAAUAAUACUAAUGAAAACAAUAAUAAUGACAAUUUUAAUGAUAAUGCUACCAAAAGAAACCGAUAUAAUCAUUAUGAUAAUAAUAAUGAUGAUGAUGAUUAUGAUUACGAGAUGCAGGAUUUUAAACCAAUCCCUUUUACAUCUAACCAGAAACCCAAACCCUAUUAUAUCCCGCAACAUCCUUCCAAUGGACCAAAUAAUUCUACCAUUCAUGAAAUUGUACCCAAUUUGGAUAUGUCAUCGCAAUGGAACCAAAAGAGUGGUCGAAUCGGAAGAUCUGACUCGAGUAAUAAUAAUAUUAAUAAUACCAGACAAAGGACACCGACUGUCUCAAGUAACGUGCUUAAUAUAGGUCAAUUUUAUAGUGAUAAUUUGGAGCAUCCAUCUCCAACUAUUGACAAUAACAUUGACCAGUUGAGGGUAAGAAGAUCAAGCAAUACAACUAAUACUAUUAAUAACAAUGAUGGCAAUGUAAAUAUUUCGCGUACAAAUACUAAUAGGUCAGCAAUUCAAGAUUAUGAUGAUGCUCAUGAAAAGAAUAAUGUACCUAUUAUAGUUAAACCCAAAACGUUAUACCAAAAUCCUCAAACUCCAACAGUCUUACCUUCAACGUAUCAUCCAAUUAACCGAUGGUCUAUUGUUAAAAACAGUUAUUUGAAGGAAUUUCUAGCGGAAUUCAUGGGAACAAUGGUCAUGAUAAUUUAUGGAUCUGCUGUUGUUUGUCAAGUACUUGCAGCUGGAAAAUAUCAACAAAAACAAUUCAAUGAUGCCUUGAAUGAAUUACAAGGCGAUGCAGACGUUGAUACUGGAAGUAUAAAAAUAAUACAAACAUUAGAAAACCUCGUGUCCUCCGUGUCAGGCGGUACAUUUGAUGAUAUUGCCCUGGGAUGGGCUGGUGCAGUGGUCAUGGGAUAUUUUUGUGCUGGUGGAAGUGCCAUAUCAGGUGCCCAUUUAAAUCCAUCUAUAACAAUUGCAAAUUUUAUAUAUAGAGGAUUUCCUGCUCAAAAAGUUCCUAUUUAUAUCGGUGCCCAAUUACUAGGUGCAUUUUGUGGUGCAUUAAUUCUUUUCAUUUAUUAUAAAGAAGUCAUUGUACAAACAUAUGAAGAAUGGUGGAAAACUGAGGCUGUCGCAUCAAUGUUUUGUGUGGUUCCAAAACCAUAUUUAUCAAGUUCAAGACAAUUUAUUUCAGAAUUCUUAUGUGGUGCCAUGCUUCAAGCUGGUGUCUUCGGUAUCACUGAUCCAUAUACAUGUCUAUCCUCAGAUUUGUUCCCCCUUAUGAUGUUUAUUCUUAUUUUCAUGAUUAAUGCUUCUUUAGCAUAUCAAACAGGUACAGCAAUGAAUAUGGCUAGAGAUUUGGGACCAAGACUAGCUUUAUACGCAGUUGGAUUUGAUAGAAAAAUGUUAUGGGUAGCUCAUCAUCAUUUCUUCUGGGUCCCCAUAGUUUCUCCCAUCAUAGGCGCAAUAGCCGGCGGUUUGGCAUAUGAUGUUUGUAUCUAUCAAGGUCAUGAGUCACCUGUUAAUUGGCCCCUUGCUGUAUAUAAAGAGAUGCUAUUAAAAUUAUGGUUCAGAAGACCAGGAUGGAGCCACAGAACAAAGGCUCGAACGACAUCCGAGCUAAGUGGUUUCUCUUAUGGAGAAGAUGAACUCAACGAUAAUAUCUCUGCUAUUAGGAGUACCCUUAGCGAUAAUAAAUUCAAUAAAAAGAAGAAACCAGUAAAUGAAGAAGAUAUGCCUGAAAAAGCUGUUCAGUUCAAAUCUGUGCAUCGAGUUGAGCGAACUGAUGCAGGUAUUCCCACUAUUUUAGAGGAACAAGAAUCAAUAGAAACGACAUCUUUAGACGCAGUUCAUUCUGCAAGUACAAGCAGCUUCGACUAG